CCUUAAUUUUUCGUCCUGCAUUUCGAAGGGAGAAAAAGGCUAAAAAGGAAACAGAAGCUAGCUGAAUUCUGUUCUUGAAUCGGCUGCUUCGUGAUCACGCAUCUGCACUUCCAUUCCGUUUUCUCUCCCCUACCAGACACACUGGGAGGAAAUUUCCAUCUCCAAUGGGGGUUCCACAGACGAUGGAAAUUCUGAGCGCGAGAGCCGCACUUGUGAGAGAGUCGCUGCAGAAGAGCCAGAAUGUCACAGAGAACAUGGUCUCCAUUCUUGGCUCCUUUGACUACCGUCUCUCCGCCCUUGAAACUGCAAUGCGGCCUACUCAGAUAAGAACUCAUUCAAUCCGGAUGGCACAUGAAAAUAUUGACAAGACAUUGAAGGCUGCGGAAAGUAUGCUGGCUCAGUUUGAUCUUACACGCAAGGCCGAGGCUAAAAUACUCAGGGGGCCACAUGAGGACUUAGAAAUGUACUUGGAAGCAAUUAGUCAGCUACGGAGCACCAAUCGCUACUUUACUAGUAACAAAAAUUUCAAAAGGAACGAAGCUAUUCUUACCCAUACAAGCAACUUGCUUGUCAAAGCCAUUUCAAAGCUGGAAGAUGAGUUCAGACAGCUUUUAACAAAUUACAGUAAGCCAGUGGAACCCGAACGUCUAUUCGACUGCCUCCCCAACUCGUUGCGUCCAUCGUCAGCAUCUAGGCAAGGUGAUAGUGGUAGCAAAAAUAGUUCUGAUCAUCACAACAAAAGCUUAGAAGCUUCCGUCUUCAUUCCCCCAACUCUUAUUCCUCCCAGGGUUCUUCCAUUGUUGCAUGAUUUGGCCCAACAAAUGAUUCUAGCUGGCCAUCAGCAGCAACUGUUUAGAAUAUACAGGGAUAUUCGUGGUGCAGUCUUAGAACAGAGUCUUAGGAAAUUAGGUGUUGAGAGGCUUAGCAAGGAUGAUGUCCAAAAAAUGCAGUGGGAGGCUCUUGAAGCUAAGAUUGGGAACUGGAUACAUUACAUGCGCAUUGCUGUUAAAUUGCUGUUUGCUGGGGAAAGGAAAAUAUGUGAUCAAAUAUUCGAAGGUGCAGAUGCUCUCCAGGACCAAUGCUUCGCAGAUGUGACUACAAGUAGCGUGUCAGUGCUACUAAGUUUUGGAGAGGCAAUUGCCAAAAGCAAGAGAUCUCCAGAAAAAUUGUUUGUUCUUUUAGACAUGUUUGAAAUAAUGCGAGAACUGCAACCUGAGAUUGAAACACUAUUUGGAAGUAAAGCAUGCAUUGAAAUGCGGGAUUCUGCAUUGAGCUUAACUAUGCGCCUUGCCGAGACAGCUCAAGAGACCUUUGUUGAUUUUGAAGAAGCCGUAGAAAGAGAUGCCACAAAAACUGCUGUUCUUGAUGGGACUGUUCAUCCCUUGACUAGUUAUGUGAUAAAUUACGUCAAGUUUUUAUUCGACUACAAAUCUACUUUGAAGCAAUUAUUCCAAGGUUUUGAAGCUAGCGAUCCAGAUGCUCAGUUAGGAGUGGUAACUAAAAGAAUUGUGCAGGCCCUUCAGACUAACCUUGAUGGGAAAUCUAAGCAAUAUAGGGAUCCUGCACUAACUCAAUUAUUUCUGAUGAACAAUAUUCACUAUAUAGUGAGAUCUGUCCGAAGAUCGGAGGCAAAGGAUUUGUUGGGUGAUGACUGGGUGCAGAUACAUCGAAGGAUUGUACAGCAGCAUGCAAAUCAAUACAAGCGGAUUUCUUGGGCAAAGAUUUUGCAGUGCCUCACUGUUCAGGCCUCAGGUAGUGGUGGUGCAUCGGCAGAUGCUGGCGGUGGACUUUCAAGAGCUAUGGUGAGAGAUAGGUUCAAGACUUUUUACAUUCAAUUUGAAGAGCUUCAUCAACGGCAAUCUCAGUGGACAGUUCCUGACAGUGAGUUGCGGGAGUCAUUGAGGUUGGCAGUUGCUGAAGUUUUAUUGCCUGCCUACCGAUCUUUCAUCAACCGUUACGGGCAGAUUGAGAAUGGAAAAGCUUCUCAAAGAUACAUCAGAUAUUCACCGGAGGAUCUUGAGCGUAUGCUAAAUGAAUUUUUUGAGGGUAAGACAUUCAGUGAACAAAAGCGCUAGUAGCUUCUCCAAAUGCUCUGUACAUGGACAAAGUUAGCGCAGGUACUUCCCCUCCCCCCCUUGUUCUUUUCUCUACAAUUUGUAUCAUUAGAUUCGUUCAUCCAUUUUUUAAUAUUUUCAACAUCUACAUGCUCGUAUGCAGUUUCUAGCAGUAUGACAAGUCCUUCCUCCUGCAGGCACCCUCAUUUUUUUUAAUGGUCUUGUUGUGUAUAUGUCAAUUUAUUCUCGCGAGCCUGCCUAGGAAAAUAUUCAAAGCUGUGUUCAUUAAUUGUAUCUCUAGAAAUUUUCAGAAUCAUAAUAAUUCAUGUCAAUGUAGAAGAAAAAUUCCCAACGCU